GCCUUGUCCCAACUUACCACACGUUGGAGCAUCCCCUCAUUCACCUUUCCUUUCGCUCUUUUCUUCCUUCUCUCGUGUCUUCCCCCUCCUUGUCUUCAUUCUCGUUCCCUCCCUUGGUGGACGAGCCAUCCUGCAGUGAUUCACAUUGCUCGCAUUGCUGGCGACAGCGCGCAGGCCCAGCCCUUAGUUCACGUGUUUUUCUUCACAGCCUUCCGCCAGCAGGUGUUAUUCACCCCGACUUCACCAAACGCUCGCCUUGGCGAUUCUCGUCGCGCGGCCUUGCGAUAACCUGUCCUCGCAACACUCCAUCACCAAGCUCUUUUCUCUUUUUCGCCAUCGCAUCCUCACUAGACAUUAUCCAUCAAAUUGUCGCGACAGCGGAUUUUUUUUUGAAAAAUGUCUUUGUCUCUCUGAGAGCGACCGGCAAGCCAGCUCUGUACAAAAGCCUCGUCACGCUCUGUCGCCCGCCGCGUAGAGCCUCGCUUUCGGACAAGUCCGAGUCUUACCCGCCACCAAUUUAAUUCACAGCUUACCAGCCUCCAUGAUGGCCACUGAAGCAAGCAUCAACAUCACGCCCGCAUCUCUGCGUGGCAGCCCUUCAGACCGCAUCAUCAAACCACGACCCCGCAAAGACUCACUGCAGUCCAUUUCGGGUUCCGACACUCAUCCAGGUCGAGUCGUCAAGCCUCGAGCUCGAAAAUCUCCCGGCUCUGGUGCAAAACGCUCUGAACCUGCUAAGCGCAAAUUCAUCUGUUCUUUCUCUCACUACGGCUGCGAUGUUGCCUUGAGCUCCAAGAAUGAGUGGAAACGCCAUGUGUCGAUCCAGCAUCUCCAGUUGGGCUUCUACCGCUGUGACGUUGGUUCGUGCAAUCCUGACCUGAACUCCAAUGUGCCGGGUCACAAGAGAGUCUACAAUGACUUCAAUCGCAAGGAUCUCUUCACUCAACAUCAUCGUCGUAUGCACAAGCCUGAGUCGGGUCCAGGUUCAGCUAAUUUCCCUCCCAACGGUGGAGACCCCAAGGAUUGGAGAGCUUUCGAAGACAGCCUCGAAGAGGUUAGAAGCCGUUGCUGGAUGGAGAAGCGAAAGCCUCCUCAACGCAGCACCUGCGGUUUCUGCGGCAGAGUCUUUGAAGGCGAGGGCAGCUGGAAUGAGCGCAUGGAACAUGUUGGAGGUCAUUUCUCCCGCGACAUUGUCGAAGCCAAGGAGGAGAGAGAAGACGAAGAUCUGACGAACUGGGCUCUGGCUGAGAACAUUAUCAAAGAUGCCGGAAACGGUCGUCAUGUUCUGGUCGAUCAACCACCGACUGCCGCCGAACGUCCUUACCUGAGCAGAGACCGAGACGUGAACAUGACUGAUGCUCCAAGUUCAGACGGCUUUUCUCGCGAUCCUGCAGAAUCGCCCUCUUUGAGUGCCUCAUCUCGACGGCCAGAGUCAGAGCGAGGCGACUAUUAUCCUGCCUUGGAGAGCCCCCGUGAGUCACGUCGCCUGAGUAAUGCCUUGCCCAGCACCAAUGGUACUCCGCGCGCUCCAUCUGUGCCUCUGCUACAAACCACUCCUGGAAGUCAAUCUGCCGUUCCCACCGACCCAGCUCUCACGGCCCUUGGCUCGCCUACAUCUACGUCCGGUCAAUUGCAACCACCCCCCACGCCACCUGAUCGGAAGGCAGGAUACAAUCUUGCCCCACCACCUCUCAAAGGACCCAAGUCAGACGGCGAAUCCAGCAGUGGUGAUAGACUAGAAGAUCUCAUCAACCAGUUGAUCAAGCCCAAGGGACCCAAGACUCAUCGUCGCCUCACUUGGAAAUGCGAUUGUGCUGUCGAGAUGUCGGUUGAUCUUGAAGAAGCAGACCAACAAACCAUCAAGAACCUUCAAGAGAUUAGCAUUGUCUGCAGCAAGACAGCAAACCCAUAUCUCAAAGCUUCCAAGCAAGGGAAGUACCAGGUCAUCGGAUGUGAUGAGCUUGCUAGCUACAUCUGGAAGAACACCAAACAGCCCAUCGACCAGCACAACAAACCGGCCGCUGAAGUACCCGCUACCUGAUGCUGCGGACACUUCCACCAUUUGGAUGACCAAAUUUCACUAGCGAUUCGACGAUGGCCUUGUGUGCUUGCUUUUGGGGAGAGGUUCGAUUUCAUUGAUUCAAUGAAGGGCUAAGAAUGUCGACUAGUUGGGGAUCAUACGUUCUAGAAAGUUUUAUGGCAGUGAACAGGCGCGAGCCAUCAGAGGGGCUAGCUGUGGUAUCAAUGCAACAUUGCUUGCCCAAUAAAUUGUGCAUGAAUAGGAAACAAGUUCGGAAAAGAAUUGGCUCGGAAGCGUUGAUAUGAAAUACACAGUCUUCGACGAGAGAGCUAUGGUGGUGACGGAGCCUGCUGUCUCUUUUCUAUGCUUUUUUUGUACCAAGCGAUAAAAUAUUCUCAGGUAGUGAGUUCCACGGUACAAACGCGAAUGAUCAAGAUCUGCUGAGGCUGGCUUCAUGAGUCGGCAACAGAUUUGCAGUAUUGACU